CGCAGGGAAGCCGAGGAGCCGGCGGAGCAGCCGGGGCCGCUCGCUGCGGGCGCUCGGCGAGGCGGAAGAGGAGGCGGCUCCUUCCCGCUGCGCCCGGUCCGGGGCCACGCAAGAAUGACGCUCCAGGACUCGUGGAACAGAUUCUGAGGGGCACCAGCAGAUCCCGACCAUGACACCGGCUCCGGUCAGCGCCCUGUACGUGAGACCCUUGAAAUGGAUUUUCCUGUUGCUGCUGGUGUUUUCCCUGGUAACCAUGUGGUACAUCACCUUGUCCUCCGACGCUGGCCUGGAGAACGUGAACCUGCUCUACUUCUACGAGUACGAGCCCGUGUACCGGCAGCAGCGCCCGUUCACGCUGCGCGAGCGCCCCAGGUGCGCCGACCUCCGCCCCUUCCUGGUCAUCCUGGUGGCUUCCAGACCCGGGGACGUGAGAGCCAGGCAGGCCAUCAGGAUCACGUGGGGCUCCCGGGACUCCUGGUGGGGCCAGCGCAUCCUGACGCUGUUCCUGCUGGGGCGGGACGCGCAGAGGGAGGACGGGGCGGCAGCGCUGUCGGUGGAGGACGAGAGCAUCCUCUACGGGGACAUCAUCCGCCAGGAUUUUGUGGACACUUACGACAACCUCACCCUGAAGACCAUCAUGGCGUUCCAGUGGCUCUCCGAGUUCUGCUCCAACGCCAGGUUCUUCAUGAAGACCGACGUCGACGUGUUCAUCAACACUCCCAACCUGGUGAAGUUCCUGCUGCAGCUGAAUUCCUCGGAGAACGUUUUCACCGGCUAUCCCCUCAUCGAUAACAUCGCCUUCCGAGGCUUGGACAGGAAAAGAUUCAUCUCCUACGAGGAAUAUCCCUUCAGGCUGUAUCCUCCCUACUGCAGCGGGCUGGGAUACGUGCUGGAUGGAAAACUGGCUCUCAGGACUUACGAGCUGAUGGGCCACGUCAAACCUCUGAAAUUUGAGGACGUUUACGUGGGCAUUUGCUUGAACAUACUCAAAGUCAACAUCACCGUCCCAGAAGAUGCAGAACAAUUCUUUCUCUAUAAAAUCGACUUCGAUGUCUGUAAGUACAGACAUCUGAUUGCGGUUCAUGGCCUAACACCAAGUGAACUGGUCCAGUUUUGGCAGGAUUUGUCAUCCGACACUUCCAAAUCUUGCCUUUGAUUGUGGCUUUACGGAGAAAUUUCAGUCUGGUGUAAGAGUGGCCUCUAGAGACGACUCCGACUGCUGGGGCAGCGUUUCUCUAGGGCAUCCCAACGCUCCAAUAAAAGCAGGGAUUCACAUGGCACUUUUCCAUGUGUGUGUCCCAAAGCCAGAGUGGGAAUCCUCUGUCCUGUCUGCCUCUGCUGUCUCUCCGUGUGCUCAGAGCAGCCCCGGGAUUUCCCCCCGGGAAUCUUCUGGAAUGUCCAAAAUGGAAAGAUGUUUACGCCAAGAAAGCAGCUUUGAGGACGCUUCCCAAAUUCCUGCCUGGAUUGGUUUUUUUAUUGUUUUAUUGCCACUUCCCAUUAUUUGUUCUCUGCCCAGCACGAAAUUUAACCCAACCCAACCCUUUUUUUUCCUGUGGAACCCUCCUGAGAGUGUCACACCUUGGUAUUUGAAUGUGUCACCUCCACAAGGCUUCCAGGAGCGCUCCCAGCCUGGGGAUCCUGUGGGAUCUGCAGGAGCUGGUGAGAAAUGCUGGCAGUGUGCUGCACUUUGCGUGUCCAUCCUAAACAGAAUGGCUUUGGUGUCUCUGCUUUUGGUGUUCCCAGACCAGGGAGAUGAAGUGGAGCCCACGAGCAAUCUGGGCAUCCUAAAAACAUUGGGAUCAUCAAUCCCCCCACCCCUCUGUGUGUGAUGUAUCCCAGAGUUUCCAAACCCUGCGGGGAAGGUGAAAAAUCAUUUCUGUUGUGAUUUACGUCUUGUUUCUAAAUGAGGGUUUUUUUUGUUGUUGUUCCGAUUUCAAAACGCAAAAAGGAAAAAAUUCCUCUGUUGAUAUUUUAAAGAAGAA